UGGAACUCCCCCUUCCCUUCAUGUACUUUGACACCGGCAGAUAUCCACACAGUGCAGCCUCGCUGCUCCUAUUCUUUACCCCAGCUUCCUCCCCUCCGACAUCGGCUGUCUCUUUCCUCCUCGUUUUGUCGGAAGAGAGACCCCGUCGGAUGCCCCUGGAAGCCGGGGUUGCCUCCUCCACGUCCAGGGAACUGCUUCGGUGAAUCGUUCCAGAGGGACCUGAAGAAGUCGGCGAGGCACUAACGCCGCCAUCAUGGUGUAGCGCAUCGGGGAUUAGCUGGCUGGUAGCUGGAGACCGCCCCCGGACCCUGUGAAACCUUGUCUCAUCCACCGUCCCUGCAAAGAUGCCAGUGCUAACCUGGGCACUGCGUGGAUUCUGGUGACAGGGCACGAGUGGACCGUCGAGCAACCCGCCCGGGUGGUUGGGCGUGAAGGCGCAUCAGGGGGCAAGUUCAGGCGGGCGGGGUGACACCAUGCGGCCCUGGGCGGGCUCAUGGCGUUGGAUCACCCUGGUGCUCUUAGCCUGGGGGACGCUCCUCUUUUACAUCGGUGGCCAUUUGGUGAGGGACAGCGACCACCCGGAACGCUCCAGCCGGGAGCUGUCGAAGAUCCUGGUCAAGCUGGAGAGGCUCAAGCAGCAGAACGAAGACCUGAGGCGCAUGGCCGAGUCGGUCAGGAUACCGGAGGGUCAGGCGGAGGCUGGAUCCCUGUUCGCAGGCAGGCUGCGCUCGCUGGAGGACCAGCUGACCCGGGCCAAGCAGAAGAUCUACACCUUCCAGAAGCUGACAGGAGAUGGCCCUGGCCCCACUCAGGAAGAGCUGCGGAGGAAGGUGGACAACGGUGUCAAGGAGUUUUGGUACUUUGUCCGCAGCGAGGUGAAGAAGCUGGCCAACAUUGAAGCCACCGAGCGGCAGAAAUAUGCUGACACACUCCUAGUUGAUUUGGGACACCAGGAAAGGUCCAUCAUGACGGACUUGUACUACCUCAGCCAGGCGGACGGAGUCGGCGAGUGGCGAGUGAAGGAGGCCAAAGACCUGUCGGACCUGGUCCAGAAUAGAAUCACAUACCUGCAGAACCCCCCGGACUGCAGCAAGGCGAGGAAGCUGGUGUGCAACAUUAAUAAAGGCUGUGGCUACGGCUGCCAGCUCCAUCACGUGGUCUACUGCUUCAUGAUCGCUUACGGGACCCAGCGCACGCUCAUCCUGGAGUCCCACAACUGGCGCUACGCCCCCAGCGGCUGGGAGAGCGUCUUCCUUCCUGUCAGCAACAGCUGCACCGAUCGCUCGGGCGCUACCACUGGACACUGGUCGGGAGAAGCCCAUGAUAAGGAUAUCCAGGUUGUAGAGUUGCCUAUAGUGGACAGCCUUCACCCUCGCCCGCCUUACCUGCCUCUGGCCAUCCCCGAGGACCUGGCCCCGCGCCUGCACCGCCUCCACGGGGACCCCUCCGUGUGGUGGGUCUCCCAGUUCGUCAAGUACCUGGUGCGACCCCAGGCUUGGCUGGAGAAGGAGAUCCAGCAGACCACCGCCAAGCUUGGCUUCAAACACCCCAUCAUCGGUGUCCACGUGAGGAGGACAGAUAAAGUUGGGACGGAGGCAGCCUUCCACCCCAUUGAGGAGUACAUGCUGCACGUGGAGGAACAGUUCCAGCACCUGGCCAGACGCGCCCCCGUGGACAAGAAGCGCGUGUACCUGGCCACCGACGACCCCUCCUUGCUGCAGGAAGCCAAGGCCAAGUACCCCGACUACGAGUUCAUCAGCGACAACUCCAUCUCCUGGUCUGCGGGUCUUCACAAUCGCUACACCGAGAACUCGCUGAGAGGAGUCAUCCUGGACAUCCACUUCCUGUCCCAGAGCGACUUCCUGGUCUGCACCUUCUCCUCACAGGUGUGUCGUGUGGCGUACGAGAUCAUGCAGACUCUUCACCCGGACGCCUCGUCCUUCUUCUACUCCCUGGAUGACAUUUACUACUUCGGCGGGCAGAACGCCCACAGCCAGAUCGCCGUGUUCCCUCACCAGCCGCGCAACGGCGAGGACGUCCCCCUGGAGCCCGGCGACCUGAUCGGCGUGGCGGGCAACCACUGGAACGGCUACUCCAAGGGCAUCAACCGCAAACUGGGCCGCACGGGUCUCUACCCGUCCUACAAGGUGAAGGAGAAGAUCGAGACGGUCAAGUACCCCACCUACCCCGAGGCCGACAAACUGCUGGCCUCCCGCCACAAAUGAACGCCCCCGAGGAGGGGGGGGAGAGAGAGAGACUCCGGUGCCCGAGGAAGGAGGCGGCUUUUGUCCCAAAGGAGGCCUACGCAGUGUGUGCUGCGCCCGUGGCUGACAGGACUGCACUCGCUAUGUCUGUCUCUGUGUGUGUGUGUGCGUGUGUGUGUGUGCGCGUGCGUGCAGGACGACACGGAGGACUUGCACCACGACUCCCCUGCCUGAUGCGUUCAGGCGGGGCCUGUAGAUUUCAAAACAAAACUAGAAAACUUAAAAAAAAAAAAAGAAAAAACUUUCCCAGCUCAGAUCGGAUCUUUACUGUAAAAACUUGGAGCGCCACCGCUUUGAAAACUGGAAAAAGUGUUUUUAUUUAAUUAUUUUAAUGAUUUUUUUAAUUUUAUUUUUUAAUCCUACAUUUGCCUUUUUUGUUUUUGUUUUGUCGGACUGAAUGUAAAGUUUCCGCAUCUUUUCCCACGUGCAAUUCUGUUCACAUCGUGCUUUUAUCACUUCUCCAUCCUUUUCAAACACUCUUCAUUAGCGUGUGUGUGUGUGUGUGUGUGUGUGUGUGUGUGUGUGUGUGUGUGUGUGUGUGUGUGUGUGUGUGUGUGUGUGUGUGUGUUGCGUGUGUUGCUUUCGUUGCUUUCAUGGGGCCAUGUUAGCGACCUGCUUGGUGCUUGCUUCUUUUUUUUUCCCCUUGCCUUUGUGUGUGUGUGUGUGUGUGUGUGUGUGUGUGUGUGUGUGUGUGUGUGUGUGUACACACAAUGGAGGAGUGUGGCACAUCCCUCCCCUGCUGGUAAACAAUGGUCAUAUUAUUAGGGAGGCGUGACUGAUGCACACAAAGGAGCCGUCUCGCCUGGCUCGCCAAAUGAAGCACUCCACUGAUGUCUUCUCUUCGUACGUCCAUUUUUUAAUUUUUUUUAUUUGCUAUUUUAAACUAAGCGAGGACAAAAUGUGUUUGAAAAUGAAAAUGCUCCGUCUUCUCAAAACGCAUCGUUUCCUAACUUAUGCUCCUGGGCAUUGUCUUUGAUGACCACACAUCAAAUAAAUUUGACAAACCAA